AUGGAUUCAUUUUUACCUGUUCAAGUUUCUUGGACUCCUCAAACAGCCGCCUCGGGGUCAGACUUUUAUCCAUAUACCAAUAAUGCAGGGACUGUUGCAGGAAUAUCAGGGGGAGAUUUCUGUGUCAUGGCUGCUGAUACCCGACAGAGUUUCGGCGUUGGCUAUUUGAUCAAUACACGAUAUCAACCGAAAAUGUUCAAAUUAUCAAAUGGUUCAGUUCUGGGAACGUCAGGGUUUUAUGCUGAUGGAUUGACUCUUAUUAAGAGAAUCAAUCAAAGACUGGAGUGGUAUAAACAUGCACAUGACAAGGAGAUGUCAACUCCAGCGCUCGCUCAGUUGCUAUCCAUCACAUUGUACUCUAAGCGAUUCUUCCCAUAUUACGCGCGCGUCUUAUUAGGGGGGUUGGACUUGGAAGGCCAUGGGGUAGUUUAUGGUUAUGACUCAAUAGGGUCCUACGAACCCUGCCUUGCCCGAGCUACUGGAUCUGGUGGAUCAUUGAUCCAGCCCUUCCUUGACAAUCAAAUCUAUCGCAAGACACCACUUGGCAUCUUGCAAGCACCACACACGUUAGAUCAAGUGAAAGCUGUUAUGAGAGAUAGUUUUACAUCAGCUACUGAGAGAGAUAUCCAGACUGGAGAUUAUCUGGAGCUAUUUAUUAUCACCGCUCAGGGUGUGGAUGUGGAAAAGUAUGACUUGAGGAAAGAUUAA